AAGCGCUGCGUCAGAGAGAGGGGCCGGCACAAAGCCGGCGAACGUCAGCGGAGCAUGCGUCACAGAGGCUGGCGCAGGGGCCGCGGAAUGUGGUCGGCGGCUCCCGGGACCCAAUUACCCAGCAAGCUCGUCGGUGACGUGUGGGCAUGCGCGGGUGGGCGUCCCUGAGGCUGUGAGAGCGCCGGGCUGUGAGGGCGGCUAUCGGCGGGCAGACCGACAGGGUAUUAAUAUUAACAGAGGACAGGAGAGCAGCUUACCUGAACCAUGUUAAGUGCAGGAAAAGAGAAUUUUCGACUGAAAAGUUACAAAAAUAACUCUCUCAAUCCUGAUGAGAUGAGAAGACGAAGGGAAGAAGAAGGGCUGCAGCUAAGGAAACAGAAACGUGAAGAACAGUUGUUCAAACGUAGAAAUGUCACACAUACAGAACAGGAAGAAGAAGAGGAAGAGGUAAUGAGUGACAGUGGAUUCCAUGAAUCACAAAUAAAUAUGGAUAUGGCUUUGACUGGAGUAAUCACCUCUGAUAUGGUGCAGAUGAUUUUCUCUAAUAAUUCUGAACAGCAGCUGGCUGCUACCCAGAAAUUUCGGAAGCUGCUUUCCAAAGAGCCGAAUCCUCCUAUAGAUGAAGUCAUCAACACACAUGGAGUGGUUGAAAGAUUUGUAGAAUUCCUCAAAAGGAGAGAAAAUUGCACAUUGCAGUUUGAAGCAGCUUGGGUGCUUACGAACAUUGCAUCAGGAAGCUCAUUACAGACCCGUGAGGUUAUUAAGGCUGGUGCAGUGCCUGUCUUUAUUGAAUUGCUAACAUCAGAUUUUGAAGAUGUGCAGGAACAGGCAAUCUGGGCCCUGGGGAACAUUGCAGGGGACAGCACCAUGUGUAGAGAUUAUGUGUUAGAUUGUAAUAUACUUCCUCCUCUCAUUCAAUUGCUGUCAAAACCCAACCGGUUGACAAUGACAAGAAAUGCUGUUUGGGCAUUAUCAAAUUUGUGCAGAGGGAAGAAUCCUCCUCCAGACUUUUCAAAGGUAUCCCCAUGUCUCAGCGUUGUAUCCUGGCUGCUAUUCCUCAACGAUAUAGAUGUAUUGGCUGAUGCCUGCUGGGCUUUGUCAUAUUUGUCUGAUGGGCCCAAUGAUAAAAUUCAAGCAGUAAUAGACUCGGGGGUUUGCAGAAGAUUAGUGGAACUACUGAUGCACUGUGACUAUAAGGUGAUCUCACCAGCUUUGCGUGCAGUAGGAAACAUUGUUACAGGUGAUGACAUACAGACUCAGGUAAUUUUAAAUUGUUCAGCUUUGCAGAGUUUAUUGCACUUACUGAGCAGUCCAAAAGAAUCAAUCAAAAAGGAAGCAUGUUGGACUAUCUCAAAUAUUACAGCAGGCAACAGAGCACAGAUACAAGCGGCAAUAGAUGCCAACAUCUUUCCAGUCCUAAUAAGCAUCCUACAGACAGCAGAAUUCCGUACAAGGAAAGAAGCAGCAUGGGCUAUUACCAAUGCAACAUCUGGUGGAACUCCUGAACAGAUCAAAUAUAUAGUGGAGUUGGGCUGCAUUAAACCAUUAUGUGACCUGCUGACCGUUAUGGAUGCAAAAAUCGUUCAGGUGUCUUUGAAUGGUUUGGAAAAUAUCCUUCGACUUGGCGAACAGGAAGCCAAACAGAAUGGAACAGGGAUAAAUCCUUAUUGUGCACUAAUAGAGGAAGCCUAUGGCUUGGACAAGAUAGAAUUUCUGCAAAGCCAUGAAAACCAGGAUGUUUAUCAAAAAGCAUUUGAUCUAAUAGAACAUUAUUUUGGUACAGAAGAGGAGGAAGAUACCACCAUUGUCCCACAAGUUGAUCUUAAUCAACAGCAAUACAUCUUUCAACCGCAUGAAGCUCAGAUGGAGGGCUUUCAACUGUAAGCAUGUUCUCAGAGAGGACUACUGACCCCACGCACGCGCACUUCUCCCAGGGCUGCUGGGACUUACAAGCUUAUGGGAGGGAGGGGGGUUUGUGGUGGGAUGAGAAAGAAAGGACCACCUCUAAACACAACAAUAAAUACACACCUAUGCUGGUAAGCUGUGCUAGUAAGAACAUGCUCAGGUGGCUGAUUAGUUCUUACUAGCAAAAGGUUGUAUUUGGUGAAUAGGGAAGCAUGUACUCGCAUACAGUACACUUUCUACAAAGCAGCAGUUGUGAACCAUACAAAAUGUUAAAUAUGAAGAUUAUAUUCUUGCGUGUAUAAUAAUGAUAUGUAUAUAAACAUUCAAAUAGGGGUUAGGGAAAUUUGAGCAAAUUUGCACCACCGGACUCUUCCAUCUUAAAUACUUGCAUCCUUUGCUGUGACUUUGUCCUUUCUAUUGUGAUGUUUAAUACUGCUGAUUUUUUUUUACAAUUCAAGCUAGUAGAAUAUUAAUGGAAGUAAACUGAUGGACUGCCUACCUAGAACUGCCAUCAAAUAAUAACUUUUCCACUUUAUCCAGUUAAUGAUACAUCAGUUAUACACAGUUGUGAUCUUUCCUCGCUGUGGUUUAAUUGAGAGAUGAUUGACCUUGCUGUUAUGGACAUAAUUUUCUGCUGCUCAGUUUUUCAUUAUAACAAAUGAGACCAGAGACUAGGUCCACUGAACCACUUUUAAUUUUAUGGCAAUCCUUAAUGUACAAGAGGUUUCAAGCAUCAUAUUUUAAAAUACUCUUGUAAAAAUUGGAUAUUUGCUGGGAUUAUAAAGCUGAGAAAGCUAUGAUUGAUAUAGAAUUAUACUGCAUCUAUAAGAAAAUCAGCAAGUCAACAAUAGGAAAUAUCCUAGCAGCAGAACUUUACAUAGUUGGUAAAUAAUAAGUCCAUUGGGGAGUCAUGGCAUAGAGGUUUAUUAUAGAACCCAUUCUAUUGUCUUUGUACGUUUAAGAUGUUUCAAAGAAAUGUGUUUAGUGUGCUGCAUACAUUAGAACCAAAAAUCAUUUGCUUGUUCAGCUUACUUAAAAUUAAUUCGUCACUUGGGUGCAAUGUUCUGGGCAAUAUAACUGCCAUUCUUUCCAGAGCAAGAUUAUUAACUAGGUUCCACCAGCCAGUUCUUUUUUCCCCUUUUUAAAAACAAAGCCUUCCUCAGCUUUUUUUUUACUUCUGGAGUUAGCUUGCAGCAUAAUUCAGUUAAUAUAUCAAGUUCAGACUCAAGAGAAGUAUGAACUGAAGAAACAGUUUGCACACAAAAAAAAAAUCUGGAAAACAAUCAGAAUCAGAAUAGCGUUAUCACCAAAAUUACUUGCAGCAGGCAAUGUGAUUUGUUUUUUUAUUGAAGGAGAAAUCUUUUGGUGCAACAAAAUCAUAUUCAUCCCAUUAAACUUGCCCUGAUCAUUUAUUUCUCUUUAUUGCUGCCAGCAUUAAUCAUUUAGGUAGUAUACAAUUUCAAAAGAUGUAGACUGCUGGUUGAGGUUUGAGAACUAAAAGUUUGAAUACGGGCAUCAUGUCAAUGCUUGCACAUGUAAAUAAAUGUCAAGGAAUGGUUCUUGCAGCACAGAUAAUUCACAAUCCUUGUAUUUGGUUUGCUGUUUUUUCAUAGUUGUGGAAAUGUAGAUGAUUAGUACAAUUUUGUGCCCAUUGGUACUUGUUACUAUUUCUUCCAAGGAUAUAAAUUUGCACUGGUCCAAGAUACAAUUGUAAUAAAGUAGAGGUACCCUGCUUUGAAAAUCUGACUUAAGUAUGAGAUUUACUUUUUGAAGAUUUCUUUUCUGCAAUCAGUGAUUGAAGCCAGUUAAUUUGCAUAUGUUAAGAUGCAUAUGUUGUGUGACAAAAGACACAUGAGCAAUUUGUUGUCUGGUCCUUCACUGAUUAAGGUAUAGGGCAUGGCUCAGUAGUAAUUUUCUGUGCCCCUUUUUCUUUUAGGCCAAGAUUUGAGAGUAGAUCACUAUCUUUUUACAAGAUUUAACUUAAAUCAACAUUUGAACAAAGUGAACAGAUUGAAUUAUCAGAUCCUCAUUCUGACAUUCUGUUCUACUCCAACUUUAGCAUAGAUUUUAUCUAUUGACUAAUCUGGUUUCUCUUCCCUCCAUUAUGAAAUGGCAGCUGUGGUUCACUACUUUCUUUUAACAGCACAAUUUCAGUAUUAAUGAUUCCACUAGGCAGUAGUUUUAAAAUAUUAGGUUAUAAUUUACUCUGGCAAAAAUUGGUUACUUUAUUACAAAGAAUCCAAUCUAUGAUACAGUGGGAUUAAUAUAGCAUCUUGGCAGAUGGGAUGUGCAUUACAGCCUUGAACAAAGAUUGCACAUCUAAUUCAGGUCCAAACAAAAUUUCCAGUUGUAAUUUUUAUUUAUUAUAUUUGGACAUGCUUUUCUCGGUAUUGUCCAGUUUUAAAAGCAUCCUAAACAAAAGUGUUAGCAUGAGGAUUGUAUGUGAAAAUUUUCAACAGGUUAAUCUGAUUAGAAAGGUUUAUUGAUUAUGACCAAAUAGAAUUCCUGCACUUACUAGUUUAAAGAACAACUUUACACUCUAAAUGUGUAUCCUAAAAAUAUAUUUAUCUUAAAGUAUUUCUUUUGUAAAUGUUGUUUUGAAAAUCUAUCUCAUCAUUUUUAUUUCAUGUUGCACUCUGUUGGACCAGUCUUAUUCUAUUUCUGUGAUUGACAGGAAACUAAAGACAAUUUGAGGGAGAAACUUUUUUUGUCCAUAUAAUUGUUUUUUUUUUAUUUUUAUAAUGUGAAAUGUUUGACAAAAAAGCUUUAUGCCAAGAAGUUCGAUGGUAUACCCAAGUAAAUAAUUUUAUUCUGACAAGCUGUGUGUCCCUUAUUAAGGUAACGACAAUGCAUGUUUUGUAUCUUUAAGAACUGAUCUAUAGAUAACAUAAAUUUAAUUUCACAUCGUUCUUUACACAAAAUUUUUCCGUUUAUCCAUGGGAUAAUUUUUUUGGCGAAGAAAACAUGUUUGGCAAUAAGGUGAAGAUUCAGUUGUUUACAUUUUGUGCAUUGUUUUAAUAAGGGAUUAAUUGGUUAUCAUGCUUAAAAAGUUAAUAGUCUGAAGCAAGAAUUCAGCAGCACCUAUUAGAACAUGAUUUUCUCGUGUUAUGAAUUCAAACUUGUUAUGUUUUCAGGAACAUGAGUUUAAUAUUCCUUGGGCACUUGAGCUGUCCACUUGUCGAAUUUGAUAGUUUGUUAAAACAGUAUGAGUUUAGCGCUUUUGCUUUUCAAUGACUGAUUACCCGAAAAUAGCACAGGUUUGCCAUAUGGUGCACAAUGAAAAAUUAAUAAAUAUUAUUUCUAGGUGACUGUUUGAAAUGCAAAGUGUGGGUUAUUGAACCAGUUAAUUUCAUCCUUGAAAGCAGAAGUUUGUUUUGAUUGCAUUUUUUUAACAAGGAGAUUCCCAUUUCGCUUGUGCAGAGACUUACAGAUUAAAUUAUUAAAGUAUGUUUAUUUCAUCACCUAGGAUUUGGGUUUUGAUCCACACAUUUUUCAUCUGAAAAGUUUGUCUAAAUAACCCAAAGCAAAUAUGCUUGUUUCUUGAAAUCGGGUCUAUAGCUUCAAACAAAUGUUAAAUUUUGUAGUCCUGCUAAGUGCUCAUAGAGGUAGUGUGGUAGAGGAUAAUAUCAUGAAUUACUAAGCUUCUGAUAAUUACUCUUUAUAGCUAGGUUGUAAAUUGAGAAUAUGGUGAAUUGCUCACCGCGCGCCCCCCCCCCCCCCCAAAGCACAUGCACUUUUUUUGAAGUUUAGUAUCUGGGUGAUCUGGUGUUUAUAAGUAACUGCUGUACAGUUUUGAUAUAAUAGGAAUUUGUUUCAUUUUUUAAAACUUUGCUUUCACAAAUGAAUAGAACAGCCCCUUUUAGAUAUGACUUUUUUUUGCUUCUUUGAUCCAUUUUGGAACUUAUUCUGUAUCUGAAAUAACCUUAAAAUAUUUUCAAAGAUGCUAUUCUUCUUAGUGUAACUGUGGCUGAUAUAUAAAUAUUAGUGUACACCAGUGCUGCAUCAUUAAGAUGUGCUUAAGGUUAUUUUAUUAUCCUGUUUAACGUUUUGAAAUUUGGAUAAGUUUUUUUUACACUUGAGAGCACAAUGCAGCAUUAGAAAUUGUUUAUGUGCAUUAUUUUCUUACUAAAUUUACUUUGUAUGUGUGUUGUACUCCCUCUUCAUAAUCAGGUUUAUUAUCACUGACUUGUAUGUCGUGAAAUUUGUUGUUUUGUGGCAGCAGUAAAGUGAAAAGACAUAAAAUUACUAUAAAUUACAAAAUAAAUAGUGCAAAACAAAAAGGAAUAAUGAAGUAGUGUUCAUGGACCAUUCAGAAAUCUGAUGGCAGAGGGGAAGAAGCUGUUCCUAAAUCGUUGAGUAUGGGUC